AUGGAAUCUAGGCCAAAAGAAGAGGCGAACAAGAGCUCACGUAUACCUGAGACAUGGACUCAGCCACCAAGGGAUAUCCUCAAGGUAAAUUGCGAUGGAGCCUUCUUUGCUGAAACAAAGACAGGUAGCUGGGGUUUUGUUAUUCGUGGCCAUAAUGGCCACGCGGUUGUGGCGGGAUCUGGUUCUUUGAGAGCAGUUCAUAAUGCUGAUUGUGCUGAAGCUCAAGCCUGCAUUGUAGCUCUGCAAGCGACGUCGAGCCAUGGUAUGGGGAAAAUUAUACUUGGAAACUGGCUCAAUGAACACGAUGAGUGCACUUUUGCCAGAUGA